AUGGACAUUGGAGGUGUACGUCUUGCUAAUCUUGAUGAUCAACAACAAACCACUACUUGUCCUACAUCAGUAGUACUAUCGAACCUUCCUAAAGACGAUGGUAUCGCGGUUUAUUUUACACCUAAGAAUCCUAAUAAAUAUCAAUUGAUUUUGGCGUCCUCUCCGUUAAACAUCCAUUUCUAUUUUGAUUAUCCUUUGUGUUCUAACUUUGCUGUGUGGAAGGUUGACAACCUUGUAUCAAAAUGGCCACCAAUUCUACACACCAUAAGCACAGGUGCAAAGUUGGGAAAUCCCAACGAUUUUAGCAGUUGGUUCCAAAUUAAGCCUCUAGGUAGAAAUUAUAAGCUAGUGUUCUGUCUCGAAAGCACUACUUAUUGCAGAGACAUUGGCUUCGUCCGCCAAAAUGGAUAUCGUCGUUUGGUUCUCUCAGAGAAGCCAAUGCCCUUUGUGUUCAAACUGGAUGAUAGAAUUGGAAUGGCGUCAUGUUAUGCCUAG